CUCAUACGAAAGAAAAUCUGACUAAUCAUUGAACGCUUUUUUCUUCUAACACUUGAUUUUUGGCUACUACCAAUCAAACUCUUCAACAUCAUAUAACUAUCUAGUAUAGUCAUUAUUUCAACAGAUAUUAUACUGUGAAUACAAAAUUGCUUAUGCAUUCAUAUAUGAGAAUCAAACUAGUAUAACAUCUAAUCCUGUAUGAUAUGAAUUCAAUAAAUGUAUUAGAUGAAAAUGAUAAGAAUAUUAAAAAUACCCUGAUACUUUCAUCAUCGAAUGAAACUUCAUUUUGUUUAUGGUGGACAUUAAUUGGAUUCUUUACAUCAUUCAUAAUCACUGAACUUGUAUCACCAGCUGCAUCAAGGAGAUACUUUAAAGCCUACGAGGAUUUACCAAGAAAACAAUACCUGGAAUGGAACACAAGGCUGCUUUCAACAGUGCAUUCCAUCUUCAUUUUAUUGAUCAGCGUCUACUGCCUCCUGUUUAACAAGAAAAUGCAUGAAGAUAAAUUCUUCUAUUCAGAUUUCCUCAGCGAUUUCGGGAUAUGUAUAUCUUGUGGCUACAUGAUAUAUGACUGCUGUACGAUGAUUAUGUACAUGAAAGGUGCUUCACUGUGGGCUUUUCUUAUUCAUCAUUCGGUUGUAGUUUGGGGAAGUUCUGAAUUAUUGACCAAUCGAAUUGGAAAGUAUUACGCCUACCUCAAGUUUCUGACAGAGCUGUCUACUCCUUUCAUUAACAUAAGAUGGUAUUUACGUACAUGUGGAUAUUCUUCAAAACAUAAAUACGUUGCUGUGACAACGAUUUUAUUUGCAAUCACAUUUAUUCUGACCAGGAAUAUUGGAGCUAUACCUUUUUGGUACGCACUUAUCUACGAUAUGCAUCAUCAAGCUACUGAAGCACAGAGAAUCUUCUUAACUAGCACCUUUAAACUGUACUUCUUUCUAGGUAUUGUACUUGAUAUCUUAAACAUAUUUUGGGGUGCUAUAAUAUGCUCAAUGUUAUGGCAAGCAAUUAAAUCUUUAAAGAAUUCUUCAAAGAGUCCAGAUUUCAAAUAAAUUUUCCAUAGCUGUUUUCUUUUUUUUUGUUACUAUCACUUCUUUUGUUGUGCAUAUAUAUGUAUGUGCGUGUGUGUUCCUUAAAUUUUUCAUUAUCAUUACAAAACAUUUAUUCAGGGAUAUUUACCUAUAUAUUUUUUUGGUUCUCCUCUUAGUUUUAAAUUAUAUAAUUGUUACUUUUCUAAGUAAAUUAAGUGAGCAUUUUAUAUGAGCGGGAAUCUCCUUUUUCUUUUGUGUGCAUAUGUAAUUUACACAUAACGUUUCAACUGAUCCGAUUUUAUUCAGAGUAGUUCCUAGUUGCAUGACUUCAGAGACAGACAAAAUGCUAAAUUUGUGUCGUCAAAAGUUUUAUUUUCUAUUACUGAUUAUCAGAUGGGUUCGAUUAACUAACGGAAAUAAAAUAUGAAGCUGUCUUCUGAAAUAGUAACAGUAAGGCUAAAUACCGAACAAUCCUGAAGAAUUUCUACUAGAUUGAAUGUUUAAGUGAGAUUUAGUAGGAGGUGGAUAGCAGAACAAGACAGUGUGUGAAGAACUACGUGAAAGCCUAGAAGUACUGGACACCUGUUUCGUCCUAGCCUGGGACCCUUCAGAAGUACGCGCCCGCCGCUAGCAUUCGAACCCAGAAAAUUCCGCUUACAAGGAGAUGGAUAUUCAGGACAAUUAAGCCACUGGGACGUGAUCCACUGUCCACCUCAUCAAUUUCAGCUUCUAACAGUUCACCAUGUAGCACAACUAUUAAUGUUCAACGACAUCAGAGAGUAUCUCUCCUCACA